CCAGCUAUCAUCCGCUGUACUAAAUUUCCUUCAUAUUACUUUAUUCUCUGAGAAAUAUCCUACUUCUGUUCAGCUUUCGAUCAUGACAUGUUCUGCAGCUGAAAAGCGUCAGAUCUUCCUCACAUGCAAGGCAAUCUUCAUAGGUCCCAAUUCCUUGCUCCGAAAGUCAAAGACCAUAAAAAAACGUAUCACGAAGCACCAAGCUGAACUUAAUACGUCAAUUCCCAAUUUUGAGAUCAACAGGGUCACAGGUACUGUUCAAGCCCUCUUGAAAAAACAAGUGUUCCAAUCAGACAUUAAGGCUAAGAUGGAAUUUCCCGAUCUAUUUACUCCCUCCCCUGUCAAUAACGCCAAAGGCAAUGUCUUUGAAGCUGAGGCAGGCCGUUCAGGAGCACCUAUACUUAGAAGGAAUUACAUUUGCUCUCGCAAAAGACAGUGUGAGGACGCAGGUUCCUCCAGUGCCACUGUCUGUUGAAUUACAAGCCCAUGAUGAAGCGCAAGCUCAGACUGAGGGAGACACUAAUUCAUAUUACCCAUGCCUGUUCUUUAUCCAUCAUACUUUCCAUAUGGUGCUCAGCAUUCUGUCUUAU